AUUUUGUAAGAAGAAUGCAAAGAUUGAUUGGAAGAAGCGAGCAAAGAAAAUCCGACAUAAGACGAAUUGAAUCUGUUUCUUCUCGCUCUGUCUUUCCACCUUCACCAGAAGCUCCUUUCUCUGUUCCUAAGCGGAGUUAGGGGGUCAAAUUGAAAACGUUUCCAGUUACAAACAACAUACGUUUUUGUUUUUUGUUUUUGUUUUUGUUAAUGUCCUUGCAUUCUCUUUUCCUUUCCCUCGCUUUUCUCAUAAGCCACUCAACAAAAUUCGCCCCUAAACUUUAACAGAGGAUCCUUCUUCAACGCAAUUCCUCGCCCCAAUGAAAGAAUCAAGUAAACUGCAAUCAGAAGAAAAUAAAGUCUCCAAUGAUAAAAAUAAGAAAAGAAAGCUGAAAACACAAUCCCAACUUUUUGCCUUGGAGACAUUUUAUGAUGAGCACAAGUACCCCACAGAGGAAAUGAAAGCAGAACUUGCUGAGAAGUUACGAUUGACAGAAAAGCAAAUAUCUGGGUGGUUUUGCCACAGAAGGUUAAAGGAUAAAAGAUUGAUGAAAGACGAAGCUGUCGCUAAUGGACGGCAAGAUCGUUCAAGUGGUGUCAUCCAGGAUCGUGGCAGUGGACUUGGGCAAGAUUCUUGUGGAAGCAGUAAACAUGCUGAUUAUAGGUAUCUGGAUGCUAAGGAGGUUGAGAGCCAUGACUUCUACAACAACGAAAUUUCUGUUGCAGACAUGACACACAGACAUAGGAGCCAUUAUCCUGAAAAUGUUAGUGCAGUGGAUGACACAUCAUCUGAGAGCAGCUCCUUUUUGCAAGAAAGGGCUUUUGCUCAAGGUCAGGAUCCAUAUGAUAUGGAGCCUUCUAGACAUCUUACACCUAACGGAGCUCUACCACCCCUGAAUCCCAAAGGUGCAGUUAACCUGGGAUACAAACCAUCAGGAUAUUUGAAAGUGAAGGGUGAGAUAGAACAUGCAGCUAUAACUGCUGUUAAGAAGCAAUUAGGAAGGCAUUACGAGGAAGAUGGUCCACUACUUGGUAUAGAAUUUGAUCCGCUUCCUCCAGGGGCCUUUGAGUGUCAAACUGAAGAUCCAGCUAAUGAAACAUUUUGUGUAGCGAAUCCUCCGCUUCUGAAUUCUCCAGAAAUCUCUGCUGCAAAAAAACACAAUCUUAGCUCUAGAUAUGAUUCGCAUUAUACUAAAUUUAAUUCCCAAGAUUUGCAUGUGGAACGAGCUGACUUUGGCUCCUUGCAUGAAUCUGAUUUCCAGGAUAAACAAGAUAAGAAAGCCCGUCAGAAUAUAAAACAAAGGCAACCUUACUAUGGUUAUACCAAUCAUGUUUCGGGAAGGAACCCUUUCCCAGAUUUGUAUGAAGAUUCUACUGGAGAAGCAUCUGGCUAUAACAGUGCUAAGAAUCAUAGAAUGAGCACCAAGCACGGGGUUGAGGGGAUGCGAUCUGAUUCUGCUUCUAACCAUAGUGAUCACUUUGAGGAGAAGCUUGCGGUCAAGACGAAAGACUUGAUGCUGCACGGUUAUGAUAAGAUCAAUCCAAAGAGAAUACAAAAGAGUGGACACGUUAAAUCUAAACCUUCUAGUUCAAUCCGUAGUUCCCGUGUUCCCGUAGAUACUGAGGAAAGGGGAUUAUCUGCUAGGAUGGCAAAGGAAGAGAUGAUUAAGGUGGAGCAGAAAGCAAAAAAUACAUACCGCGAUGUAGAUGGAGCAGGGAGGCUUUCAAAUGAAAUUCUGGUUGCAAAGAGAGCUAAAGUUGACAUGCUUCAACAAUACCAUGUGAAACCAUCACCUGUUGCUGAGAUGGAGAAAAGGAAAAUUCACAGAUCUGCUGCAGAGAUGCCUUCUAGCUUUAGUGAGGAUGAAACUGCUGAAACCAGUUCCUCACUAGAUUAUUAAAUGCUGUUGAUAGAUGGUUUUGUCUUAAUCCAUUGGGUAUGUACAUUCUAAAACGACACAUACGUUUUCCUUUAACAUGGAAACCACUGUUUCUGACAGCCAUGACAGUGACUCCAUUUACUGUUCUUUGUGCUCGCCUAUUUUUCCUUUGUAAAAAAAACAAUGAAAAAAAUGAAUUACUUCCCCCAUGUUAUUUUUUUUGUGUAAAAUUUCAUUUUCUGAA